GUUUUAAAUUUUAAUUAUCUAUGAAAGUAAAAUACUCGAAUCCACGUUCACUAAACCAGUCUUCUUCUAUUUCGACUAAUUGCUGCUGCUUCUUAAAUGCCCGCUGUUCUUUUGACAUUCACCACGACACGCGGUCGUUCAAAUCAGCUGCCGCAUGCGUUCACGUUGUACCGGCAUUUAUGGCGCCUGAUGUAGCUUACAGCACGGCCAACCGGUUCCAUCAGCGCACUUGUUGCAUUGCCAUUGGAGUUCAGCUGCAGAAUCGUAAACAAUACUGCAACAUUAUUAAUAUGACGACGCCUGAUGCCAAACGAGUGCUCUCCAUUCAAAGCCACGUAGUGCACGGCUAUGUGGGCAAUAAGGUGGCUACUUAUCCCCUGCAGCUGCUUGGUUUCGACGUGGAUCCACUGAACUCGGUACAGUUCUCGAAUCAUACGGGCUAUAAAUGCUUCAAGGGCCCAGUAUCCACUGAAAAAGAAUUGGCCAAUAUUUUCGAGGGUCUGCAGGAGAAUGAGUUGUUGUCUCAUUAUUCCCAUCUACUGACUGGCUACAUUGGCAAUCCGUUAUUCCUGCGUCAAGUAGGCGACAUUCUCAAGCAAAUUCGUAAAGCAAAUCCCAACCUGAUUUAUGUAUGUGAUCCCGUUAUGGGUGACAAUGGCAGCAUGUACGUUCCCAAGGAGCUGCUACCCGUAUAUCGCGAUGAGAUCAUUCCACUAGCCGAUAUUUUAACGCCCAAUCAGUAUGAAGUGGAGCUGCUUACUGGUAAAGAGGUUCGCAGUGAGGCAGCCGUAUGGGAGGCAAUGGAUUGGUUUCACCAACGCAAAAUCAAAACGGUUGUCAUCUCUAGCAGCGACUUGGGGCAGCCGGGCGUUCUUCGCGCCUUCCUCAGCCAGGUGAAUGGGCCGCGGCUCGCCAUCGAUAUACCCAAGCAAGGAAACAAGGAUCUGUUCUUCACUGGCACCGGCGAUCUCUUUGCUUCACUCUUCCUGGCACACAGUCAUGACAGCGGCGAUGUCACCGACGCCUUCGAGAAGACCAUUGCCACCCUGCAGGCCGUGAUAAAGCGCACAGUACAGCUAUUGCCACCACGUAGCGGGCCAGUGCAGGCCUGGGAACGCGAGCUGAAGCUCGUGCAAAGCAAAUCCGAAAUCGAGAAGCCACAAGUGCUGCUCAAAGCGCAGCGUCUCAACUAGACCGUCACGUUGCGCAUUCAACCAGAAGGACAAUAAAAUGAACAAACGUUUUCUUAUCAUAUGUAAACAUAAAACGACAAGCAUGCCUUACA